AUGACACCAUUGGGAUUGUACGAUGUUGUUGAGCCACUAGGAUCUGUUAACCUCGAACAAUUCCGCUUUAUCAAUGACACUUCGGCAUUUGGCUACGGGACGCCGCCCCGGAGUGCAGCGCCAUUUACGAGAUCAUGCGGAAAUGCGGCUUGUCCUGGUUUGACGAUGAAUCAGACUUGCACACAAAAGGGGCUUGCUCAAGUUUGCAACAACACCAUCAUCGAUCGAAGCAUACCUUCUCCACUUGUGAAUCUGUUUCGUGACGGAGCAAAGCAGUUUGCGAAGCCAGUCUCCAGCGUUUUUGAUAUUCAGUGGAGGGCCUACUUGAAUGCCACAGACAGUUUUAGCCCAGUAGGAUGGUACAUUAAAUCAGCAUACCGUCAAAUUUCCAUGCUCAUCCCAGAGUCGAAAGUCCACGUCGUGGAAGGACUCAUUGUCGACACAGAAGCCGGCGGCAUAGGCUUUCGCCGCCAUUCCGUGCCGGGACCCUUGCACGAAUAUGGCAGCGAGUGGACCGAAGACAUAUUAUUUAUCGAACCGGAGACGAAAUGCGUCGAUAUGAACGUCACGUUUGACUUUACACUUAGACUGGACGAUGGUAGUGCACAGCCACAAGUCAAGAGCCUAGCAUUGAUAGAUCACGGUGGAUUUUCGAAUUUAUCGCGAACGAUGCCUAGCCCUGGAAUUUAUCCCAAUGGCCAGAGUGAACUGGACAUUCGAGAAAAGGCAUACUAUGCUGCUUGGAUGUCGAAUUUUCUUACUAUGGCAUUUUUCAAUCUGACCGAUCGAAACCCCAAGAACUUUACCAGGAAUGAUGCAAAACUUGGCUUGAUCUCUCAGACAAACUCAACACAAGUAAAUCAAACAUCUGCCGAUGACAGGAGUAAUAUAUUCGCUAUUGAGUAUCAGUCUUUACGGAGCUCAAGCACCUUUGGCGAGUAUCUCGCAGACUUGCCAGCAACCCCGUCCGAACGAAACAAGACAGUCAAAGGCAACCCAUUUGCCGUUAGCAAAAGGGACUUUUACUCAGUCGCCCUUUCCUGCACGGGAGUCACACCCAACGACUUGCCAAACAUGAACAGCACUCUUGUCGGAUGUGGCCUCCUUUAUGGAGCCGCCCGACGUACCGACAAUGGCUCGAAUCUCAUCCCGGAUCCAGACUCCAAGUGGACCAUUCCGAUAUACAGCUGUGCAAGUGCAUUCCGUGCCGUAGUCAAAACCGUCCGGUUCCGAUACAAUGGAACCAACUUGGAUGGCCUGCAAGUAACCCAGCUCAAGCCCAAGAGCUACGCCAACGCAGCAAGUCUUCCCCAGUGGGCUGUCGAGAACAUCGGAGACAUGGCCAUCAACGAUAUUCAGCCUCUAUGGGGAAUAAUCGGCACAGGUAAUGCAAGUGUACCAGACGACUUGAAAUCAAAUGUAUCGACACUCACACACGAGAGCCUGUUCCUGCCAGGGAUGUCAAACGUGUAUUCACUGACGGAGAACUCUUUCUCACAAAGUGCAACCAAAAUCGGCCAGUACCUGCCAGGAAUCAACUUCUACACCCAGGCCGUGUUUAAUGCGUAUAACAUUGCCCGGCCAGGUCGGACGGGGUAUUCUGGGUUUGGGGACUACUCUGGUCGGACGGCUCUAGCGUUGUAUAGGAAGUGGAUGGAGUUGUCUACCUCUGCGUCAAGUGCUGCCAACAUCAUCAACUUGGUCUGGACAGAUGUUGCGGCCAACACUGUUGUGGGCACGAAAGGAUGGGUUUCUGAUGAUGCUCUUCAGAAACGUGGUACGGAAUCCGGCGGCGACAGAGUACCCGUUAUCGUUUACCACAAACGAGUUCAGUACAAGAUUCCUUUUGCCAUCCCUGCCUUUAUAGUCAUUGCGGUGAUGGUGGCCCUCUUUGCUUCUACUGUCAGCCUGUCUAUCAUGGGGAAGACAGGAACUGGUAAGCUACGACGGUUUCUGGACACAAUGUCUACAGGCAGGACUAUUGGCAUAUUCCUGUGGCCGGAGUCCACCGACCUCAGGACUGAUGCGUGGGUGAAAACAGUAGGGAAGAGGAAAGUUGCGGCUUCUAGGGAGGGUGUGUUUACGCCGGAUGAUUUCAGCUCUGAACGGGAACAGAAUGGCAGUGACGGCAGCCGAGAUCAAAGGUCGACUGAGAAGUCAACCAUAGCUGUUCAGCAAGGGCUCUUGGACAAAACCGCACGCGACUAA